AUGAUCGAUCAACGAAUUUUCGAAGACCUCCAGAACAAGAUUGACGAGGAGAGCACCGUCCGCGAUGAACUGCAUGAGAUUGUCCAGACUCUCGCCCGCAGAGGGCGAUCUACACAAGCUAUCCUUUCGCGGGCUCAUUCCACGCCUGCUGAUCAAUUGAAGCCCGUGCUUGAUGAUGUGACCACUGAGAUCCUCGCUCAGAAGCAGGAAGUUGCCCGCCUCAAGGCUGUGGCUGACAAGCACCCUUUUUACAAGUACAAUGGGCUGUGGACCCGUGAGCUGCAGAACCUGGUUGCUUCCAUUGAGCUUUGCGCUUGGUUGGGUGGAUUGCAGGAGCACAAGGGUCCUAGCUCGGCUUCUUUCAUGACUAUUGAAGAUGUGGGCAAGUUCCUUGAAAUCCCCGUCAACUUGAAGGAGCAGGAUGCUUUCCACCUGACUAUCGAGGAGUACCUCUUGGCAUUGAUUGCUAUGGUUGAGGAAUUGUCUCGCUUGGCCGUCAAUUCCGUCACUCUCGGUGAUUAUACCCGUCCCAUGCAGAUUGGCAACUUCAUCAAGGAGUUGUUUGCUGGCUUCCAGCUCUUGAACUUGAAGAACGACAUCUUGCGCAAGCGUAGCGAUGGUAUCAAGUACAGUGUCAAGAAGGUCGAGGACGUUGUCUAUGAUUUGUCCCUGCGAAACCUGAUUCCCAAGGGCGCCCCUUCUGCUUAG